AUGCCAGGCACAGGACGCCCUUUUCCUGCAGGGCAGAAAUGCACGCCAAAGGGGCUUGCAACCACCUCGAACUCGACGGCACUGUACGGUAUCAUUGUGGACGCGCAGGGCGCCCACGCCCACGCCCACGCCCCGAUUCAACGCGUACUCCGAGUGGGUGUGGUGGCAGGCAGGCAGACUAUCCGAGGAGCCAACUUUGCUACGUAUCAACGGGAAAACCCACCCAUCUCCCCUAUUUCCCUCGCCGCUCAGCUACAGUACCUGCCAACUCGUAAGGUUACUCAACCGACUCGAGAUAUCUUCACGGUGCUCGGACGGGUCUUUCUCACACACCGCCUCUUCUGUGCGCAUCCUUCGUCCGCGACGAGGCUAUCAGUGGCUGUAGAAGAGGGGAACACAGGCCACAGCAGUGAAAAGCCCUCGGCGGCCGGCAUUGACCCAGAGCAAGGGCAGCCCACCAGCAAGCUUCCCCUCCCCCUGAAACUCCCACGAUCGUGUACAGUAGAUUUUCUACCUUUCGUGUUGGCAGUGUCUGCAGCCGACCAACGCCUGCAUAUGCACAUGUAG